GUGUCAGUGCGGCUCGUACCACUGGUCAGGGGUGGUUCCUGUAUGUAGCUUCUGUCGAUCGACACUUUUAACCGUUUGCGAAAGAAAAUGAAAAGCUCUUAUUCAUUUUUCCUUUGAUUGAUUUGUGUUUUUUAAUAGUUUUCUGUUAAAUUCUAACGUUAUUGGUUCUCUUUCGAAAACGCCACUGAGGAGUACAUCUUGGUCCAGCCCCCCAGGAACCGGCGUUUCCGUGACUCACCAGGAAACUGAUGUAACUUUUACCGGUUUCUUUUAUGUUGAAGUUCCAAGCGAAGCGGAGCGGGACAGUGUCGGCUCAUCGUUGAGUUCAUGUCUUAGGUUUAGUCGGUACCACCAACAGUUCCUUCAGCGGUGCACUCGGGACGGUGAAGCAUGAAUCCAGCUCGUCGCUGUUCCGCCUUAUUGAACCAGCUGUGCUCGAGGGGGGGGCCGACGGCCAGGGGCCGGUUUUCACCGGGACCAGUGUCGAACCCGGCGGGACGACGGUUCUCCGGUGCGGGAGGAAGACAGAUGGGAGUCGACGGGACCCGUCCGCCGCUGACGCCGAACGGAACAUCCGCCAGAACGGCAGCGACAGUUUGUCCAAUGGGUGGCAGCAGCAGCAGGAGGUUGUUUGGCACCCUGACCCAGUCCCUGAACAGCCCCACCUUGGCCCAACAGGACCUGUACCGGGAGGAGAGCCCAGAGCAGGACCUGGACCGGGACCUGACCGGGACAGACCCGGACCAGCUGCUCAGAGAGUGCCAGCAUGCCUUGCAGAGGCGACCAGCCCGGCUACGCCGGGACCUGGUUCAGCCCGGCGGCACGGCGCCCUGCUGCCAUGAGCACAACCCCUCAAUCCGGGUCCUGCAGUGGAAUAUACUGGCACAAGCUCUGGGCGAGGGGAAGGAUGGCUUCAUCCGCUGUCCACUGGAUGCUCUCAACUGGCAGGAACGGAAGUACUUGAUCCUUGAAGAGAUCGUCACCCACCGACCUGACAUCCUGUGUCUACAGGAAGUGGACCACUUCUACGACACUUUCGAGCCAAUAAUGACCAGCCUGGGUUACCAUGGCAGCUUCCUGCCGAAGCCCUGGUCUCCCUGUCUGGACGUGGAGCAGAACAACGGCCCUGACGGCUGCGCCCUGUUUUAUCGCAGCUCGCGCUUCUCCCUCCAGGCCGUGUCUCACCUGCGGCUUUCGGCCAUGAUGCUGCCAACCAAUCAGGUAGCCAUCGUUCAGACGCUGGGUUGCAGGGCAACGGGCCGGCGGCUGUGCGUGGCCGUCACUCACCUGAAGGCUCGCAGCGGGUGGGAGAGGCUGCGGAGUGCACAGGGCGCCGACCUGCUGCAGAGCCUGCGCCGCAUCACAUCCAGGGGCGGCGGUCAGAGCGAGGCGGCGUCCGCCAGUGUCCCUCUGGUCGUGUGCGGGGACUUCAACGCAGAGCCCUCGGAGGACGUGUACAGGCGCUUCAGCUCCUCCCCCCUGGGCCUGAACUCUGCGUACAAGCUGCUGAGCUCUGACGGACAGACUGAGCCAGCCUACACCACGUGGAAGAUCCGUCCCUCCGGAGAGAGCUGCAGCACGCUAGACUACAUCUGGUAUAGCCAUGAUGCUUUGCGUGUGGACCGCCUGUUGAACAUUCCCACUGAGGAGCAGAUCGGGCCAGACCGACUCCCCUCCUACCACUACCCCUCUGACCAUCUGUCGCUGCUCUGCGACAUCAGCUUCAGGGAGGAACCCCACGGGCUUUCGGUCACAGCAGCUCUGGAUCAAUAGGAGAAGAUCUGAUCCAGAUUGAAUCAUGAGCUCUUGUUAUUUAUUGUUUCCAACACGCACAUAGGACUCGCAUCACUUGAUUUUUAUUAAAUUAUUCUUUAUACUUUCAAUUGGUUUGACCAGUUUCUCUGAAUGAAUUCUUUUGCACUUGAUUCUUCAGGUUGAUAUUGUUAAUGAUGACCGUGUUGUUGCUGUGACGACAUCAUGACGACUUGAGCUAAGCAGUGCUAACUUUUAAAAUGUAAAUAAAGAAAUUUAUUUCACUCGUGA